AUGCCUUCAUUCAAUGAUCAUCGCAUUAGAAAAUCCUAUCCUCGAAGCCGAGGUCCCAUCCGCGACAGGAACUACCACCAAUCUCUGAAUGUCGACACCAACACUCGCUUUAACAAAUUCAAGGCUAAUCUCUUUGCUCACACGCACUUCUCACCAACCGAGCCCAGCCGACCAACCAGAAAACAGGAAGAGGCAUGGCUGCACUUUGAGCAGAAAGACUCUGUUUCUUUCUUCAUGUCUUCUCUUCACUCUGCAGCUGACGACUGGGAGUGUAAGGAUUGCAGUUGGCAGCUUCGUAACCUGGCAGCCAAGUUCUACACUCAAUUCCACUCAACCAACAAGGGGGUACCUACUUCUCAUCCUGUUGAACUGACUACUCCAGAACCUGUAUCUUUUCGACGUCGUCGAGACCCAGACGCCAUGUCAACGGGUUCUGUUUCGUCCAGGAGAAGCUCUGUUUCUUCUAAUCUUGGAAGCGAUGUUGCAUAUCUCAGGCGCUGCACACUAACAAAAGACGUGGGAUUGGACGGCCAAUCCUUUUACGGAGUCCAUCAGGCUCAUCUUGAUCUUAGCCUCGGAGAGACAGUCAGCGUUCACAUGCGUCCAACAGACCAGAGGCGAAAGCUGCACGAACUCGAACCUGGAACCAUCAUCUCCGCCCCUUUUCAUAGCCAAAACCGCGACGACAAAGUAUCUACAACAAAUUACAACACUGCAGUCUCUGGUUUCGGCCCCAUCUACUCCAAGUACCGCAAGAUGAUCACUAUAGAAAUUUGGGGAGAUCAUGCCGUUUGUCUGCCAAUUUACAGUUACAACGGCAAAGGUCUUGAGAACCGUGGAGGCAUGGCAGACGAGUACAUGGAUAUUCGUGAUAUCGAUGACGAGGAACCUGAAGACGGUGAUACAGAUCACAAACCGCUCAUGGCUAUCCGCAGUGAAUGGUGGCAUGGUAAGAAUACCUUCAUCUGUGGCAGGUCAGUUGUCAAGCUAACUGAGAAAACCACUCACCACGCAUUUGAAAAGUGCUCGAUCGAAGGAGCCCUCACCAAAUCUGAUUUCCAACGCAUGUACAAGGCCUAUCUUGGACUGCUUCAGUCAAAAGCGCUGGAUGUCUUUGGCAAACCAGUCGAGGCCACCAUUAUACCAAAUAAAACAUAA